AUGAAAUACCGCCUAAUCGCUGUGAUGUUUACGUCGAAAUGCGUACUACUGCUUGCAAUUGCGUUUGCGCCAUGCCAACUAAGGAUUCUACAUGUCAUAAUGAUAACGGGAGUAUUCCAGAAGGAUGGCAAUACCUUACCAUUUACAGGUGAAGAGAAAUUGGAGGACCAUCCAGCAGCUAAACACUUUCAAGAUGUCUGCAUCAAGCUCAAGUUCUCAAUUUCAUCCGGAACGGGCGUGCCAUUCAAUACGAUUGCAUGUGGAUUUUCUUACUUAACUGGUCAAGCUGAGAGCAAUCACGUCAUUGUCACCAUGGAGAACAUAGGAUCUGCUGAUGUAAACAAGUUUGUACGUGAAUUGCUCUUGAAACUCAAAACGCGAACUAAUUCAGACAAAUCGGACUCAAUUCUGGGGCGGAACUACGCCAUCCGAAUUGGCAUGGAAUUUGUCGGAGAUGAUUUAACGGGCGAAUGGCGCGGUACAUAUGGAAGUGCAACUGAGGUUAUGCAUAUUGCUGAGACGAUGUGCGCGAAAUAUGAGCGAAUGGAAAAGGCAGAGGAAACAUCAGGCGACAAGAACUUCACCUGCGUUGUGAAAGGUCCACAUUGGGCACAUUUGGAAGGAGAAUUUUUGUUGCACUUCGAGUCGGAUGAAGCGGACAACAUCACCGUAACAAAAAAGGAUUUGGAAAAGCGAAACAACACAAGAGUUGGUUACGACAUUACUGACUUGCAAAUUAAACUCCUAUGUGCUACACGCUAA